CUCUUGUUUCAGUGCAAAUCUGUAAACGAGUUAAUCCCGGAUUAACGAGAGGUGUUUGUGUUUAAGUGACUGACUGAGUGCACAGUCGAUGCUACAUGUGAUUUCAGCCGACAUGGCCGGAAGCAAAAUUAGAGCGAACAUGAACCCCAUGAAACACUGCACCAGAUUCUUGUUCUUCGCUGCGACGCUGAUUCUUCUCCAUUCCGUUUUGCCUACUGUGACGUCACCGGUGAGCGGAGAACUGCACUCGUUCCCUUACCACCUCAAGGAUGUUUUUCUCUUCGACAAGGAGGUAGCUGAGGUUCUGAGACAUAUUGUUCCACCCACGCCUGAGUCCGAGAGAUACCUCGAGUCCUACGCCGGGAUGACACUGGACGCGAUGGGAGUGGGCGGAGAUGUACUCAACGAGGCAAUUUUGGGAAACCCUUUGCACGUGUACGCCCUCAUCAAGCGCUUGGUUCUCUACUGGCCUCGCCUUCAGGAUGUCGUUUACAAUACUACCAAGGCCAAAGAGGUAUGUCACGAUAAGAUUCAGAAAUGCGACGAAUGGAUAAAUGAGAAAGGCUGUGACGCGAAACACGUGGACAAAAUCUGCCCCUACUCCUGCGGGUUCUGUCAAAUUAAUGAAAGCAACCCAGCCCUGAAAGCAGCGGAAAGCAGGACUGUGCUGCCGUCGAGAUCAGAUCUGGACGGAGCGGCGCAGUCGCUGGCCCUCCUGCAGCGAGUGUACCUGCUGCCCAUGGAACACCUGCUCAACGGGAGGAUUCUGGACACCGACUCAAGCGUUAGGCUGACCACGUGGGAUAUCUUGCGCGUGGCCAGAGCAAGUGCGGACGCUGGACGCUGGGUGAACGCUUGGCUGUGGUAUGACGAGGCUCAUUCAGCCUUCCCAGACCCCGACGCCCAAGAUCAUGUGGCUGACUUGCUUGAGUUCAUAGAAUACCAGCACGAUCUGAACUGGCGGGACGACGUCGGCUGGAAGAAGGAUGACAACCAGUUCCUCUUCCUGUUUUCAGCUGUUCCGCGACAGAAACCCGCGACUUGUGUCUACUCCGACCUCUGCCGUGGAGAUAGGUCUAAGCUACGAAAACAAAUCCCUUCAGGAGCGCCCCAGUGCCACGUCUCCUCCCGUGGCUCGCCCUUCCUGGUACUGCAGCCCGUCAAGUGGGAGUACCUGAGUCACAACCCGGAGAUGGUCGUCUUCCCGAACUUCUUGUCGGACGAAGAAGUCCGGAUCAUUAUUUACUUGUCACGUGACCAUAUGACGAAGGAUCUGGGAAGCGGAGGGCGGCAGUCGCACCAAGUGUUCCUAGCCAAUAGUACACACCCUUUACUCGCUCGUCUUUCGCGCAGGAUCGAGGAUGUAACGGGCCUUCUCGCGCACGAAGGAGCGACCGGCGAGGAGAGUGCGGGAGAUCCUAUCAAGGUCCGUUACUACGGCACAGGGGGUCAUCUGAAUCCCCACGUCGACGUCUUCGCCAAACACGUGAACUCGACGUGUGACGAUAACCCGAUAUGCUCGAGGGCUGGGGAUCGCAUUGCUACCUUUAUGCUUUACCUCAACGACGUAAAAGCUGGCGGAAGUACAGCCUUCUACACCAGUGACGUGGUCGUAACACCAAAAACGGGCACGGGUGUCUUCUGGUACAAUCUGAAGAAGAACGGCGAGUACGACCGCAGAAUGGACCAUGGAGGAUGCCCGGUUCUGCUGGGGUCCAAAUGGGUCGCCGUGAAGUGGAUCCGGGAGAACGCUAACUUCCUUCGGCGUCCGUGCUCGACAGACCCAGAAGAAUGAUACUAAGGAACACUGCGUAUUUCAUCUCUUGCCUUACCUAUGACAUUUCGUAUCUUCUCCAACUUUUAAUUAACAGGUUUCGUAUGGCGAAAUAAAAGUUGUUAAGAAAUCGU